AUGGAUGAUCGUAUGGAAGGUGGAUCUUCAUCGAUCAAAGAGCCGGAAGCCUAUGCCGAGGGACGCGUCGGAAUCAAGCGCAAGCCAGAACUGAAAGACACUUCGAUCAAGCCAAUCAAGCAGGACAAUCCGGGAAUUCUUAUGACGGUGAUCAAAAGAUUCAAAGGCAUGGCUAUUGACGGGACCAGGCAGCCACUCACUGACAUUACUGAAACCACUAGUGCCGAAACGUUGGCCGCAACUGGCUCCGACGAACCGCCAUCGGGGACGGAGGGCGCGGGAGUUGCUAGCGAUAACAAGACUACAGUUUCGACGAGUGAGAUUAUCACGGGUUUGAUGAUGCCUGCCGAAAGGGGUUUUGAUGGACAGCGAUCAACACUGGGCGCGGUCCUUGUGCACGAGACUACGCCUUGGCUAUUUCCGAGACAUCAGACCGAAUACAAGAUUGAUGGGGCAGCGAUCGAAGCCUCACUAUUGACCAUGGAUCAAACUGUACCGAGGGCAUUCUACGAUUCGUUGCUGCUCAUCAAUGCGAAAAACUGGUCGGAGGGGAGGCCUCUUGCUUUCACUGCUCCCAUUGGAGACAAUACGACGGCGACGAGCCCUGUUCCGACCGAGCACUCUCUGGAGGAUGCUGAAGUUCACGAUGAAAACGAGCCAAUCGUAGACGGUUUGAGCAUGUCGACGCUCUCAAUUUCAGACGUCCCUGAUGGGCUGCCUGACCCUGCCCUCAUAGGCGAUCUCGCUCAGUUAGACGACAUGGGCAGGGAUGGGUGGUGGUCUACGAUGCUGGUCAACAACUUUGCAUUCGCCCACCCGGCGACUAACGCAUUGGCCCGGACCAAAUUCGGCAUGGUAGAUCCAGACGUACAGGGAUUUCUCAUGCUGGACUGUCAGAUCAAGGAAUUUUUGGGUCCGUUUGAGCGUCGCCUCUAUGGUACUUUGGUUCUGUGGCUUGUCGAGAGGAUCUUAAAGCAUGACAUUGGAGAAAAGCAAGGUGCUAAGCUAGCGGUCGUCUGCGAUUCACAGGAUCUACUGCUGGAGGCCGGGGAUAUUUGCGAGCUUCUGGGUGUGCCUUACCAUCAAUACGGGACUUCGCCAAAAGAGUUUUUUCCGGCGAUGAUCUUAUUGACUCCUGCCCAAUUCGUCGACGGAUUUUUAGAGACCACAAAGCCAUACGACCUCCUACAAGUGCUCUUCGUCGCCCCGGAACCGCUCAACGAAGAAAAGAGGGGCCUGCUGAUCAAGUCCUUCCAGACUUUGGUUGCCUUUCAUUCGACGAGCUCUGCAAAAGAGCCAACCAUGUACGAAAAGCGUCCCUAUACCAAGUGGGCCCAGUUCAUUCUGAUGUGCGAGAAGGAGGAAGCGCGUCUUUCCAAGAUCUUCGAGAUAAAAAACACAAGCAAGCAUACAUUUGACGUUGUGAAGAACGAGGGCCAGAUCAAGAAUGGCUUCAAAGGCACCCCACAGGGCAAACCCAGGAAUUGCCGC